CACACCCCACACACACACGCGCGCGCGCGCCCCAGGCAGACGGGCGAGCCGAGGGGAGCGAUGAGGAGCGGCAGCGCCCGGGGGGCAACGGGAGCCCCCUCGCCCGCGCCCGCCCGGACCGGGACCCUCCCCCGCCAGCCCGGAGCCCACGCGGGGCGCUGCGCUGACUCCGCCGCGGACCCCCGGGGGCACUGCGUCACCUGCCCCUAUCAAAGUGAGGGCGUCAACCAAGGUGGCCUUCUCUUGCUCUAUGGGCCCCUCCAUUUUCUGCUUCCCUGAGAAGAAAGAAUCCAAGAAGGAACAACAGCAGAGGAAACAGCAGCGGCACGGUGCAGAUCCCACUCCGGUCCACGCUGGAUGGAUGGAGACGCGGAGGAACGCUGGAGCCUUCCUUGUCAGCAUGACGCUCUUUUAAUCUCUGCCGACACCUUCUGAAGUUGUAGCCACCUCGAUAGUGCUCUUGCCGGAAUAAAUCUGAGACGGGGGACACUUUUGUGACAUCCUUUGGAAAAGAACUGGGGAUAUUGCUGCACUGGGGGAGGGGAGAGCAGAGGCACCCCUUCCGACGGAUUUUUGCCGGGAUCAUAUCUGGGGAUACCGGGGGAGCUGCAGGCCCAAGACGGGAUGCUUGGCUGGGCGGCCGUUCCGCUUCCAGGGCCCUGUCAUGCAUCCCCCCCUAGCCACAGUCAAAUAAAUUGGCCGUCAUCAGAGACCUUCUUUUCAACAGUUCCUUUUGUCCCAAGCGGAGCUCAGCCGGGAUUGUGCGAUUGAUGUGGCGUUUUAUUACCGGCUCUCUUCUCCACUGAAUUGACACAAUAUGGCUGCUGGAGUGGCCACAUGGCUACCUUUUGCCCGGGCGGCGGCUGUGGGCUGGCUCCCACUGGCCAAGAAGCCCAUGCCAAAGCCUCCUAUUGACAAGAAACGGCGAAGUGAUGAGAUCUUGGUGGUUAAUGUCAGCGGGAAACGCUUCCAGACGUGGAAAAAUACUUUGGACCGCUACCCGGACACCUUGUUGGGGAGCUCAGAGAAGGAGUUCUUCUAUGACGAAGACAGCCAGGAGUAUUUCUUCGAUCGUGACUCAGAGAUGUUCCGUCACAUCCUUAAUUUCUACCGUACCGGCAGGCUGCAUUACCCUCGCCACGAGUGCAUACAGGCCUUUGACGAAGAGUUGUCUUUCUACGGCAUCAUCCCGGAGCUGAUCGGCGACUGCUGCUUGGAAGAAUACCGCGACCGCAAAAAGGAGAAUGCCGAACGUCUCGCGGAGGACGAAGAAGCGGAGAUAGCCACUGACACCGCCUUGCCGCUGGACAGCACGUUCCGCCAACGGCUCUGGAGAGCGUUCGAGAACCCCCACACCAGCACCAUGGCCUUGGUCUUCUACUAUGUCACUGGGUUCUUCAUAGCGGUGUCGGUCAUUGCCAACGUGGUGGAGACCAUCCCAUGCCCACAGUCUCCUGGGAAGAAGGGCCACCUGCCCUGUGGAGACCGGUUCCCCAAAGCUUUCAACUGCUUGGACACAGCUUGUGUCCUCAUCUUCACCUUUGAGUAUCUCAUGCGCCUCUUUGCGGCCCCCAGCCGAUUCAAAUUCAUGAAAAGCGUCAUGAGCAUCAUCGAUGUGGUGGCCAUCAUGCCGUACUAUAUCGGCUUGGUGAUGCCGGAAAAUGAAAACGUCAGCGGGGCCUUUGUGACGCUGCGGGUCUUCCGAGUCUUCCGCAUCUUCAAGUUCUCGCGUCACUCGCAAGGCCUGAGGAUCCUGGGCUAUACCCUCAAGAGCUGUGCCUCGGAGCUGGGCUUCCUCCUCUUCUCACUGACCAUGGCCAUCAUCAUCUUCGCCACGGUCAUGUUCUAUGCGGAGAAGGGGACUCAUGCCACCAACUUCACCAGCAUCCCUGCGGCCUUCUGGUACACGAUUGUCACCAUGACAACACUCGGCUAUGGCGAUAUGGUCCCCAGCACCAUUGCAGGGAAGAUCUUUGGGUCCAUCUGCUCCCUCAGUGGGGUGCUGGUCAUCGCCCUCCCGGUCCCGGUCAUCGUGUCCAACUUCAGCCGCAUCUACCACCAGAAUCAGCGGGCUGAUAAGCGCCGGGCUCAGCAGAAGGUUCGCUUGGCCCGGAUCCGGCUGGCUAAGAGCGGAACGACUAACGCUUUCCUGCGAUACAAGCAGAACGGAGGCCUUGAGGACAGAGACCCUGAGGCUCACGCCUUGGUGGUGCGCAACCGAUCAGCCUUCGAACAGCAACACCAUCACCUCUUGCACUGCCUGGAGAAAACCACGAGUCACGAGUUUACCGAUGAACACACCUACAGCGAGUUCUGCCUGGCGGAUCCCCUCGGCUACCGCACAAGCCGCAGCACCUCUCUCUCCUCCCAGCAGGGGGGCGGCGGCAAAGGCAUCCUGAGCAGCUCUUGCUGCCCACGCCGCCACAAGCGCCGCACCACCCGCCUCACCAACUCUACCAUGUCCGUGAGCCGCGCCAGCGCCCAAGAGCUCGACACGUUGCAAAGUCAGAAGAGUGUCGCCCCGCAGAGCCGCUCCAACCUGAACGCCAAGACGCACGACAACUUGAAGCUGAACUGCGAGGCCCCGGACUUCAGCGCCGCCAUCAUCUGCAUCCCCACCCCUCCGGCCAACACCCCGGACGAGAGCCGGCCCCCCUCGCCCGGAGGCCCCGCCGGCGGGGGCCCGCUGCGCAACUCCCGCCUCUCCACCCCCUACCUCCUCCACGAGACUGUCAAGAUCUCCUCCUUGUAAGGGGAGACCGGCGUGGGGGGAGGUCCCGACCUCGAGGCGCUGGGUCUGGGCCCCUCUGCAGAAGUCUCCCACCCCACCCAUCUGCCACAAACAGGAAGAGACCAAGUUGGGAGGGGGUCACCGUUCUUUUUUUAUAGAAGCAGUGAGACCAGUUGGGGGAGCCAGUGCACACAGCGGGGUCUGAUGCCCACCCAGUGCACCCCCCACAAUCAAAAGCCAUAUGGGAGGUGGGUCCCAGAUGCUAUGCAACUGCAGAGAGACGGCACAAUGCAGGGAAAAUGAGAUCCCAACAGGUGGACCUCCACCAUAUCCUGCAGGCCGUUUCACUGUCCCUUCAGAAGGGAACAGGAGAUAGAGUUUGGGGGUGAGUUGUGUAGCCCCCUCUGAUAACGAAUGGGGCUUUUAAAGCAGCAGGGCUGGAGAGCGAGGACGCCCGGGGGUCUGUAUGCCAUUAGGGGAGGGAAGGGGAAUCCAGAGAUGCAGCUGCGGGACUCUUGGUUAGUCUGGCAAGAAUGGGUUGCAGGACGCAGCUUGCAGAAGGAAAAUGGAGGAUCCAGAAUGGAGGCGCUUGCUCGGGUUCCAGCCUUGGUUGCCACGUGGAAGCGCUGCUGCAGGAGGAAGGGGAGGUCUGGGUUUUAUUCCUUCUGAGGCAGCCUCAGGAAAUCAGAAGCUCUGAAAGGGAAUGGGAAAAUAAAUAGAAUCCACGGGGCUUCCAACCAUUUCUUCCGCCUUCUGCCUCUGGUGAUUGAACCGAGACAUUGCUGGGAUAGAUGGAGUCCAUUAUCCUCUCUCUCUCUCUCUCUCUCUCUCUCUCUCUCUCUCUCUCCUCUCUCUUUGCCUUUCUUUUCAUCCUCCAAUGACUGUUCUGUCUCUUGGAAACUGUACUUACAAAAAAAUUGCACCAAAAUGCUACAUCUCAUGGGAAUCUCGUGCAUCACUCCCUCCCUCCCUCCCUGCACCUGCCCACCCCCCACACCACGUAGUAGCGUCAAGACUGCAUGUGUAAUGAACCUCCAAGAGUGGGAGUCCGAGGCACCGGCUACAAGGCAUCACACGCAUGUGUAGCUUACACCACUCCUUUCCCCGGCUGAAGAGAACGCUGCAAGGAAUCGAACCAGGCCUGCAGCGCAGCAGGACGGCGUGCAGUCCUCCUCCAGACAUUGUUUAGGAUAUUAUAAGCGGAGACUGUGGAGACGAACCUGGCCACCUUUCAUUGUCAACGGAGAAGGAACUGAGCGUUGUGAAAAGCAGAGAAAGAACUCGAGGGGGGGAGAGGGGAAGAUGGAUACCGUUCUAGGUAUCGGGGCGAGUCACCCAUCCCCUAGCAUGCGUCAGAUUGGCUAGCUCUCCGCAUCCCAAAACAAACAAAGAAAAAGGUUCUCUCAUCAGGAGUAGCCUCUUGUUUUGACCUUU